GUUGCUAUGAAAAACAAAUAGGUGCAACUCGCUGCUGUCUAAUAAGAUGAAAAAAUAGUUCAUAUUAUACUAUAGUAUACAUAAAUUACAAAUUUAUAUUACCAUAUUUGCAAAGAAGGACUUCAUUACAACUCCGUGUUUAAGAUAACCUUAAAACGCAAGUGAUGCCUCCUCCUGAGACGAUGUACUGCGCCCAGCAGAUCAACAUCCCUCCAGAGCUGCCAGAUAUUUUAAAGCAGUUCACUAAAGCUGCAAUCAAGACACAGCCACAUGAUGUGCUGCAAUGGGCAGCUGACUAUUUUUCAGCAUUAUCAAAAGGUCAGGACCUACCAGUCAAUGAGAGGCUGGAAAUGCCAGUGGCAACUCAGAAAACAGACACAGGGCUUACACCAGGCCUUCUAAAGAUCCUUCAUCAACAGUUCGCACCAAAAGAAACGAUUACAAAAGAGGAGCUUCUUCAGAAGUGGAAAGGCCUGUGCUUACCUAUUGAACAGCUCGACACAAUCCUAGCUCUUGGCAGCUUCAGUGAAAAUAUCAACUGGAUGCAGUUUUUUGCUUUAGGAUGCAGUGCUUUGGGUGGGACCAUCACAAGUGCUUUGAAACAUGCAUGUGAAAUACUCACAGAGGACCCCCAGAGUGGUGCAGCCCAGAUUCCUUUUGACACGUUUCAGAGUCUGUACACAUACUUGGCCCAUCUGGAUGGAGAAAUUCCUAAAGAACAGAUUGAUAGCUUCUUGCAUAGUUUAGAGGAGUAUGCAGAAUGCCAAGGAGGAAUGGUGCAACCGUCAAAUUUGACAAGCCUCCGUAGUGCUGAGAAACCUGAGUAAAAUCCAGUACAAAUGGUCCUCAGGUGGUGAUAUCUCACAACACGCUUGAAAACUAUUGUUCCUAGUUACUGUGUCUUGUGUUUGCCCUCUUUAUCCUGUAUAUUAUGAAGGGAAUUGAUUAUUUCAUCCAAAUAAAUCCUUGAAUCUCA